AUGGGCUCUGACGGGGAGAAGCCAGCAUCUCCAACUCUAUCCGACACCGGCAAUCAUGUAUCAGAAGCCAUCCCCACCCUCGACCGCCAGGAAGAAAAGCGGCUUCUCUUGAAGCUAGAUGCCGUUUUCGUUCCAAUCAUCAUGCUGGUCUAUCUUUCUUGCUUCCUUGACCGCACCAAUAUCGGCAAUGUCAAAGUGGCGGGGAUGCCGGAGGAUAUCGGCGCAUCUGAUGUCGAGUUUUCGACCGCAGUGUCCAUCUUUUACGCAACAUAUGUCGCAUUCGAAUCACCCUGGGCUAUCCUACUCAAGAAACUCACUCCAAGAGUUGUGUUGACAGGCCUCUGCGUGGUCUGGAGCUUGACUACUAUUUUCUCUGGGUUCAUCACAGAUAUCGGGGGGCUGUAUGCUGCAAGGUUAAUACUAGGAGCAUGUGAAGGCGGCCUCUUCCCCGGCUUAAAUCUGUACCUGACCAUGGUUUACAAACGAGAAGAACAAGCUCGCAGGGUCUCGUAUCUGUUUGUUUGUGCGGCAUUGUCGGGUGCGUUUGGGGGGUUGUUGGCAUACGUGCUCCUGAAAAUGGACGGCAUAGGGGGCUAUGCUGGUUGGAGAUGGGUCUACAUCAUAGAAGGCAUCUUCAGCAUCCUCAUAGGCUUGUUGAUUUGGUUUGGCUUGCCAAACGAUCCCACCAACGCCUACUUCUUGAACGAGAGAGAAAGGGAAAUGAUGCAGAUACGAGCAAAGCAGAGGGCACAGUAUAUGGGCAGUGAGGAGUUCAGUUGGGAAGAGAUCAGAAUAGCUUUGAAGGAUUUCAAAUUGUGGAUCAGCGGAGCCAUUCAAUUCUGCCAGGACAUACUUUUGUACGGUUUUAGCACGUUUCUCCCUUCCAUCAUCACCAGCAUGGGCCAUAGCAGCAUCGAAGCUCAAUACCUCACUAUCCCCGUUUACAUUCUCGGAGGAGCGUGCUUUUUGACCCUGGCAUUUGUUUCCGACCAUCUGUGCAUCCGAGGCCCGUUCAUUGCCUUUGCCAACGUCUUUGGCAUCAUCGGUUACAUUCUCAUCAUCUGCCCGACAAGUAACGCCGUCAAAUUCUUUGGCACGUUUCUGUGCGCAAUUGCAGUGUACAGUGGUCCUGGACUCAAUCUCACGUGGCUCAAUGUAAACGUCGCACCCCAUUAUCGCCGGGCAGCUUCGAUUGGAUUCCAACAGACCAUCGGCAACACAGCUGGCAUCGUGGCAGGCCAAAUUUACCGGACUUCACCGUAUCUCUUGGGUAACAUCUUUUCAGUCAGCGCCCUGGGCUUGGCUCAACUACUAAUCCUGAUUCACUGGUUGUACCUUAGACGGUGCAACUUGCUCAAGAAGCAGAUUGCCAGUGGCAAAGUGCAAGACAAGAGAAGGGUAAAGACUGGUGACUGGGAGUUGGACUUUAAAUAUCAUCUCUAGGCAUAAGGCGCCCAAAUUCUGUCCCUCGAAAGCUUUUGGCAGAAAUCUCGGCUAUUGCCACACUGGAGAAUGAUCAAGUGAUUGAAUAGGCCGCAAAUCCGGCCCGUUUGACUCUUCUCGAUUUAGCCUGUCCAUCCUUCAUGUUGUAAUCCCUACCAGGAUUGCUCCGAUGCAUACAGGCACUCAUCAGAACAUCCCAAAUUCAGAGAAAACAGACCAACCUUGCAAGAAAUCCUACAUUUGAAUUCCUCACAUGCCUAGAACUCUUAAGGAGAGCCACGAUGAUAUACAGACACCCUUUGUUAAUAAUUCUGGCUGCUACAA